AUGAGGUCACUUUUCAACUUAUUUUUCUCGACUUGUGCUAGCUCAACAAGAUGGAAAAAAGAUACUCUCGACACGGCAGUUGACUUCUGCGUUGUGGAAGGGUGGAGUUUGGUGAGAUCUGCACGUCUUCUCCAGCCAUUUUUAAAAUGCCCAAAAAGGAGCCUUUUUUGACCAACCUCAAAACGUUUUAUGUUGAUAACUUCGAAACCAAAACGCCUGUUUAAAAAGUCAACUCAUCAUUGAUACUUCAUUAGAUUCUUAGUCUCUCUGUGCAUUGACAACCGCCAUCCCAAUGUUUUGUAAGAUGUUAUUGCCGAGCGCGUAUACGUUAAAGAAAUGGUGUCCAAACUGAAUGUUUUAAA